UUGCUACCAAAAUGGUAUUGGUGUUAGUGUUAAUGAAAUAGAAGCAGUGUACUGGUAUUUUUUAUCUGCUGAAGAACAUCAUGCACCGGCUCAAUUAAGUCUUGGGUAUUGCUUCCGCAAUGGAAUCGGUGUAGAAAAAGAUGAACAAGAAGCUGUAAAAUGGUUUACACAUGCGGCUCAACAAGGUAAUGCAUUGGCACAAAAUUCUCUGGGAUAUUGUUACGAAGAAGGUCUUGGUGUUGAAAAAGAUGAAGAAAAAGCUGUAUAUUGGUAUCAACUUUCCGCUAACGCGCAAAACCCAUGGGCACAAUGUAAUUUGGGAUUUUGUUAUGCGAAUGGUAUCGGAGUGAAAAAAGAUGAAGCCAUGGCAGUUUGUUGGUAUCGUGCAGCAGCGGAACAAAACCACGCGAGAGCUCAAGACAAACUUGGAGUAUGUCUUCAAUUAGGUAUUGGAUGUGAAAAAGAUGAAGUAGCUGCAUUCGAACACUUUCGAAUGGCUGCUGAACAAGAUCAUCUCACAGCCAUGUAUCAUUUAGCCAAUGCCCUUGAGAAAGGAAUCGGAUGUGAAGCUAACCUGGAAGGAGCAACAUACUGGUUUGAAAAAGCAGCAAGUUCAGGUUGUAGAACAAGUUGUGAAAGAUUGAAGAGAUUAUUAGUUAAGGAAUGUUUGGGUCAGGAAACAGUAUAUUUAUCCGGAUAUUAUGCUGCGGCCGCAUAAAAAAAAAAAAGAAAAGAAAAAAAAUUUAGUCAUAACUAAAAAAAAAAAAAUAAUCAUUUUAGUUUACUUAGUUUGAACUUCAAAAAUUUUUUAUCCCUUUACUUUUUUCCUUUUUUAUGUAAAAAUACAUCUUUUGAAAAAAUUCAGCAAUUCGUUUUACUUCUCUCAUCGAUCCAUCAUAUAAUGUAGAAGCUUCUUUUCUUGGUUUAGGGAUUUUGAAAGGGUAAAUUGUAUAUUAAUCGUAAAACAAAAGCUGAUCUCUUGUACAAAAAUUUCAAAAAAUAGUUCAGUGGACUUUUUUUAAGAAAAAAAAAAAAAAAAGAAUCGGAAAUCAAGUUUCAUAUCAUCUAUUUAUAAUUUUUAUAUCUCCGAAUUUACUUUUCGCGUAUUAAUUUUCUUAUAAUAAUCAUUAUU